UUGGAGGAGGGGAAGGGCGCUGGUAGUGGUGGUGGUCUGUGUGCGGCCGCUACUCACACAGGAAAGGCUGAGGGGAGUCAGUUCUCGCCCAGCUGUGGUAGUGGACAGUGCAGCUGCGCGUCGCUCCUGCUUGACGUCUGCGCGUGUGGCUCCUGCAGCGUUGACAGUGAUUCCUGAUCCCCCUCCUAUUGCCUCUGUCCUCCCUCUUGAACGCCGCUGAACUGUUCCCUCUCCUGACGCAGCUUCCAACGUAUUUCUAGUGGCUACUUCCAACAUUUGUAGUGUAAUUCUAAUCUUUCCACUUGCUCACACACAUGUACACCUUCCUCGCACUUGGAUGACUGAUGAUAAUCGCAUUUUGCAUAGAACAUUUCAAGGUGCUUCUUCUCUACAUGCAGAAAACAACGAUGUCGCCGUGAUUACAUUGAGAAAGUAUAAAAAGACCUUAUGGAAAUGUAUAAUGAAACGUCACCAUAAACUAAGUAAGUAAUGUUAAAGGAGGAAAAGAGGCAUUGUGCGUAAAGGUAGCAACACUGAACGAGAGAUGGACAAAUUUCAAGUGCAAAAAAUGUGAAGGAGCGAAGAGAAGGAAGACACGAAGGAAAGGAAUACAAAGAGGAAAGAGUACACGAAGUAAAGCAACAUACAAAGAUGAAAAAGAAGGUAAGCGACAUGAAGAAAUGAGACACGAAAUGAAGGAAGAGGACAGGCAGGGAAGGGAGACUAAGAGUUACCGUGUUUCUGUCCUAAGGUGAAACAGGGUAUUGCAUAAAUAAUAACUUUCCCCAGCAGGGUGUCCUCCCGUCCAGCCCCGUCACCUGUAGUCCUUUCCCGGCCACUGACAGACCGUGUCUGGCCUCACUGUCACCCUGCAGUGCGUAUCUUGAUGAGACCUUGUGUGUGUGCGCGGUAAGUGGCACAACUUAUUCAUCUCAACGCACACACCAAUAAGUAAAGAAAAACUCAAUCAGAUAAAGAUAUCAUAUUACUUUUAAGGAAAGUAAACAUAUAGAUGGACACGGAAAGGAAACUAGGUGAACAUAAAGUGGAAUUUCAUUUCAGUGAAUUAUUAUUAGAAUUUAUGAGAACCAGGAAAAACUAAGGAGCCAGUUCCCAUGGAUUAAAACUGGAACGUUAUAUUUAUCAAUCCAUGGAGAUUUUUAUGCACGAGGGAAGCCAAUCCCGGGAGGUUGUUGAAAUUAAGGGCCUUGACCAACCUUCUCGCCGGCCACAGGGAGGCGGUGGACGGCAAGAAAUGCUCUAAUAUUUUCAUCCAAAAAGCAAAAAAAUAAGAAAGGAAAUUAAGAUAGAUAACUGGUGGAGCGUGUGCGUGCGUAGGUGGCGACAAGAGGAGAGACAUGCACACUCCCAUGACUCUUCGUGUUUUCCAUUUUUUUCAUUGAGCUGGUGGCCCUCUCGGGUUCAUGGAUGCAGAACAUUAAUCCCACUCCUGUUCGUUGGGCGCGGGGAGACUGAGUGAAUCGAGUCUUGUGUCGUGGGGGACUUAAGUUAUAGAAACAAUUUUAUGUCGGUUAUUUUUCCUGCUCGAAGAGAGGGACGACGAGGAAACGGAGACAAACUUUACGACAAAUAAUACACCUUAGUCUUGUCCACUGACAAGAGCAAUAAUAACAAUACCGAGCUGACCAAAGAAGGGGAAAAGGAACCAGUCUAUCUAAUCUACUCACAGGUGAUAUGCCCACACAAGUACACACACGUGCACACACACAAAGAUAAAUCGAGUGUAAAGUGUCAAACUAGUGAAAAGAAAAAGAAAAUAAAACGAAAGAAAAAGAACGUACACUACCAUGCCCUAAAAAACAAAAGGAAAAAUAGAUAAGGACAAGUGGCGCAUCUUUACUAUUUUAUGAGACAAAGCAGAUGGAGAUGGAAGGGCUGCUAAAAUGCCUGUAUUAACUGGUGAACCGUGAGUGAAAGUGUUCCCUAUUGAUCUCAGCGUAGUAAUCGACGCCACAUCAUGGACUUCUCAAUCCUCGUGAUCUUUUCUCUCCUCAGCGCGGCGAAAGCAGCCAAGCUCGAGUCAAUAAACACCGGGCCACUGUUCAUGAUACACGCGAGGAAGGGAGGGCGCGCCGAGCUGCCCUGCGACGUGCUCACCGCAGACCCAACGGACCGCGUGGUGCUGGUACUGUGGUACAAGGACGGCGUGGGGGCGCCCAUCUACAGCUACGACUCCCGCAAGAACAAAAUGAACCAAGUAAGGGACUGGGCGGACAAAAAGUCGUUAGGCGGACGGGCGCACUUUGACCUGCAAGCCAACCCGGCGGAGCUCGUGAUCGACAGUGUAAAAGCUGACGACGAGGGACUGUACCGGUGCCGUGUCGACUUCAAGAAAAGCCCAACACGGAACGCGCGCACCAACCUCACCGUUGUUGUCCCGCCGCACACGCCCGCCAUCCUCUCCACGGACACUGGCCAGCCCGUGUGGACGACAGUCGGUCCUUACAACGAAGGGGAAUCCAUGUCCUUGAUAUGCGAGGUGAACGGAGGUAAGCCAACACCGCAAGUCACUUGGUGGAUGAACGGCAGACUUCUGGAUGAUGUGAGCGAGAGGCUGCGGCCUCACCUGGUCACUAACAGGCUCACCAUCAAUCACCUGACCCGCAGCCACCUUCAAGCCAACCUGGUGUGUGAGGCGUCCAAUUCCAACAACAGCCUCCCCGUGAAGAGUGACAUCAGGAUCGAGAUGAACUUCAAGCCGCUCUCCGUCAACAUUCUGGGCUCUCGAGAACCGCUCUCAGCUGGCAAGAAGUAUGAGCUUGUCUGUCAGAGUGUGGGGGCAAGGCCCUCAGCGUCCCUCACGUGGUGGCUGGACGGCGUGCAGCUCACCAACGCCUCUACCUCCACCGCCAGCUCCGGGAACAUCACACUGAGCACCCUCACAUUCGUGCCCAAGGACAGUGACGGCGGGAAGUACCUCAAAUGUUUGUCUGAGUCGCCAGUCAUCCAGCACACACCACUAGAGGACAAGUGGCGGCUCGAAGUAUACUAUACGCCCAAGGUGCAGCUCGCCCUUGGGAGUAACCUGAGUCCUGAGGAGAUCAAGGAAGGCGAUGACGUCUACUUCGAGUGCAACGUGAGAGCCAACCCGUGGGUGUACAAGGUCGUCUGGCACCACAACGGCAUGCACGUGAAUCAUAACGUCUCUGCGGGGGUGAUAGUGAGCAACCAGUCCCUCGUCAUCCAGCGUGUCAAGAGGCACCAGACAGGCCUCUACACCUGCGUCGCCUCAAACAUCGAGGGGGACGGCCAGAGCAACGCAGUGAACCUCAGAGUGCAGUACGCCCCUGUGUGCGCGGCAGGUCAGAUACACGUGUACGGGGCGGCGAGACACGAGGAGGUUUCUGUCACGUGCCGCCUGGACGCUGUGCCUCCUGUCGUCCAUUUCUACUGGAGGUUCAACAGCAGUGGCGACGUGGUGGACAUUGCCGAGAGCCACGUCGCCACGCAGGGCCUCCAGUCAUCCCUAUCCUAUGUGGCGCGGACCGAACUGGACUACGGCACGCUGCUAUGUUGGGGUGAAAACCACCUGGGGAAGCAACGGGAUCCAUGCGUGUAUAAAGUAGUACCUGCUGGGCCGCCAGACCCGCCGGAUAAUUGCAGCCUCAUCAAUCAGACAACAGAGACACUGAGGGUCAAGUGCCAGCCUGGCUACGAUGGGGGCCUCCUUCAGAAGUUUAUCAUCGAGGCUUAUGAAGCAGAAACAAUGAGGCUCAUCCUCAACAUCUCCGAGAAUUCCGUCCCAGAUUUCUCCCUCAGAGGCCUGGAGUCCGGCGCCUCUUAUCUGCUUUUCAUUUACGGUGCCAACGAGAAGGGAAUCAGUGAGAAAAAACAGCUGCAAGGCUACACGCUCAAGGAUGUGGCCGAGAAACGCACAGCUCAAGUCCGCCCUCCGCCAGAAGAAUUGGUCUCCAUUACUCCAAUCCUUGCGGUGGUAGUUGGGGUGGUGGGGUCCCUGGUCCUGGUGGCGAUAGUGGCGGUGGUGGUUGUCAGUUUGAAGAGGAAAAACCGACCCAGGAAUAAGAAUAUAACCUUACACAUUCAAACAUCGCUUGCAGACACCAGGGACCUCGACGACAAGAACCCGGACCUCAUUCCCUCGAACGCUUCAUCACCCACAGGAAGCGGCGGCGAGAGAGGCGGUGGAGGCGGUGAGGGCAGCAUUGUCGGGGUCGGGAGCGGGAUUGACGUGGAGCACAAGCCACCCACCACCCCUGAGGAGGGUGGCUUUGGCAGCGUACACAUUUGCGCCUCCGUCCCUUACCCGACCAACGUUGUGUACAGCACCUACCCUCGCGCCCCGAGAGGCGUUCCCGCGCCCAAUCCACAGGAAGGGGAGCUGAUGUACGCCGAGCUAGCCUUCCCUCCAGGGGCCUCCUAUCCCGCCGGCAGUCUCCCCCGCCGCAAGCCUGACCACACCAUAUACGCCCAGCUCGACCACUGCGUGCCGGGCAUGCCGGGCGCCGUACCCUGCGUCCCCGUCAGCAGUGGCGGGAUGAUGGAGUGCCCCACAAGUGGCCUGAUGGGCGGCAACCUCGGGGGCAGCGUGGCGGGCGUGCUGAGUGGCAGCGUGUGUCCCGGCAUGGGCGUGGGUGUCAGCACAAUGGCAGCGCCCACUACCUUGUGUCCUCCAGCGCCAGUCUCUGCCAUGGCUGACAUUAACAGAAUGGCCUACACUCCUGCGCCGCCCCCUCAUGGCUUUGGCGGCCACCCCCUCACGCCUCCCGUCCUGCCCGAGGAGGAUGAACAGGUCACUCCCGACACGCCUCUCAUGAAGAACCCAAAGGAGAGUGAAGUGUGACCCCGCCUGACGGAGAAUUAGAGUCCACCCACCAUUGACUGCCAAGUGAUGCUGCGGGUAAUGGCUCACACACUCAGUGGCCGCCGGUGACGAGUGACGAGUGACGAGUGAUGAGAGAGAGAAAGCAGAAAUAAUGAUGGUUUGGGAGUGACGAGCCCCGAGGUGUCUUUCCGGGCUUGUUUGGGUGGAUAUUCCGGGGGGACAUGUGGAAAACACAGUACUUUUCAACACACACACACACACACACACACACACGAAAGAAACUUACACACACACACACACACACACACACACACACACACACACACACACACACACAGACAUAC